CAUAUUUUCCAUCAGAUAACUCUUAGUACAUUAUAAUAUUAUAAAAAUGUCGGAAAAUCGGCGGGUCUGCGUUCACCCUGUGGUUUUAUUCACCAUUAUUGACAGUUUCGAAAGGAGGAAAGAAGAUGCAAAAAGAGUAGUGGGAACACUUCUAGGUACUGUUGAUGCAAACGCAGUGACAGUCACGAAUGCUUUCUGCGUUCCUCACACAGAAUCAGACGAUGAAGUCGCAUUUGACAUGGAGUACGCCAAGAAUAUGUACGACCUUCAUAGGAAGGUCAAUACAAAUGAAGUGAUCGUUGGAUGGUACGCGACUGGGCAUGACAUUACCGAACACUCCGUACUUAUCCACGAGUAUUAUACAAAGGAAAGUAAGAAUAAAAUGCCAGUUCAUCUCACUGUUGAUACAACACUGACUAACGGAGAACUUGGAUUCAAAGCAUACAUAAGCUCACCCAUUGGAGUGCCAGGCAAAACCCAAGGAAUGAUGUUCACACCCGUUGAUGUGAAAUUACUUCAAUACGAUGCAGAAAGAGUCGGAGUCGACAGAAUUCAAACUGGUUGCACAAAGAAAGCAGGUGUAGUAACCGUACCAUCAGAGUUCCAGCAUGUAACAGAAGCAAUCGAAAACCUAACUUCAAUGCUCGAUGUCUGUUUGAAUUAUGUCAAAAGUGUUCAGGAUGGGACAACACCUCCAGAUUCUAACACUGGGAGAUUUCUACUUGAUCUUAUUUAUUCAGUCCCGCAUCUCUCAGAGAAGGAGUUCGAUACAAUGCUGAAUAAUAAUAUAAAUGAUCUACUCAUGGUUCGUUACUUGACCAAUGUUCUACAAGCUCAGUUGACAUUGAAUGAGAAAUUGGUCAACACCUCUCUCAUACAACAGACAUAAAGCUAUUAGACAAUUUUAUUUGAGGAUUUUCAUUUUUUGGGCUUGGGAUUAUCGUUAUUAUUUCGCUUUUAAAAGAGAAUUGGGAGACCAGAUGUUUGCUUUUUGCCUUUAAGGAGACAAAUCAUGGAGACAAAUUCAAAGAUGUUGAUGAAGAUAUUUUUAUUAGUUUUUGCUUGCUAUUUCGGCGUCAGUUUUCGUGAAUUUUGUAGCUUUUCACACUUGUGGUUCCUGACUGCUUUCAUCUUCCCCAGAGUCCCAAAUGAAGGGUUUAUAAAUAAUGAGUAAAAAAUUUCAAAUUUUUGUGGUAUCAAUGAAAUCAUAAAUAAGGAAAUCGAUCAAAAGCUGCAGGUUGGGGAUCGGAAUUAUUAUCGCUCUUAGAAGAAUAGGGAAACGUUUUUGGCUUCAGAGGCACCACCAGGGAAACAAUGAAUCAUGAACACAAAUCUAUCAUAAAAAUGUCUAAUAAACAAUAUGAUUUACUGACUAACUAUUUUGGGUCCUUGUUAUUAAUAGUGUGACAUUUUAUGCAUGUUGGAGUUUUUGGCUGGUUUCCCACCUUUAGAGUUUUUUUAGGGUUCAAAGUUCACAGGGUGCAUGUGUACAAUAUAUAAACAAAACAAGGGAAAACUGCAGGUUUAGGGAUAUAAUUAAUAUAAUAUUAAAAGAAUUGGAGUCUGUAUUUUUACUGUCAAUAUAAGCAUCCCGAAAAGAUCAAUCAUAAAGUCCAAAUAUACAAAUCUUGAUGCUGUUUAAAUAUUAGUUAUUAAACUUUUUUGGCCUCCACAUUUGAAUUGUGUGUUAUUUCACACUUGUGGUUCCUUUCUGGUUGUUUGAAGGGGGGAAAAAUAAAAAUUGUUUCAGGGUUUAUAUAUGUUGUGAAAUAUUUAAAUACUCUUCUUCUUCAGUGUCUGUAUUGAAAUAUCCGUGUAAAAAAUCAUUUUGGUGCAGAAUAAAAGACAAGUUAGCCA